AUGAUCCAACGCGCGUUGAAUGAGAACACCGAAAAUCCAAUGUCUUUACCUGUCCAAACGAUGAAUCAAGAACCGUUUGCCUCCUCCUCAACCCCACCCAUGAUUGGAGGAGAUUUUACCUUUCCAAAUGCCUCUUCUCCUCCUUCACAGAACAAUCCCUUCUCUUCUUCUUCAACACUUCGAAUUCAAGACUUGUCUCCUCUUCGAAAUUUGAAACAACAACGACAAACGGUAGGAUCACCACAACAUUCACAACCAUUGAACAUUACACCUUCCAAGCAAAGCCAACAAACUCAACAACAAUCAACACCACAAAAAAGGCAAUCACCAAAAUUGUCUUCUUGUAGAAAAACUCAAAUUAUUCAUUCACGAUCUCGUGCCUUUGAGAAAUCUCCAGAAGGGUCUCAGUUUUAUAGAAUCAACGAUGCAUGGCUGAUGGAUGCAUUGAAUUCACCUUUAGAGAAUAAGGAGAAUGAAAUGGAAAUUAGUCCUGGAAAUGAAUCAUCUCCAAAAUCGCCAAAUUUAGAAAAGACACAACCUAUUUCUCCUUAUCGAAAAGUAUUGAGUCCCAUUUCACCAAAUCAACUCAUGGAAGAUUCUCCUUCAAAUAACAAUACAAUUAAUACGACUCCAUCCAAUGUCUGUGAUCUUCAACGUAAAAAACCAUCUCCCAGAUAUUCUCCAUAUAUGGUAAACAGUCCACAACAAACCAAAUCCUCUCUUCGAAAUGCUCAUCCUUCUCCUCUUCUCAAAUUCGCCACCACCACUGGCUCUCAAAAAAAGAAAUCUCCAUUGCACUUGCAAUCAUCUCUUGUGAAGAAAACAAAUUACCAUCGAAAUGCAUCUCUUAAAAGAAAUCCCUCUCCCAAAGCGAAUGCACAAUCGAGUUCAACUGUCAAUCAUCCUAACAACAACAUGCCAGUCACCAUGAAACCCAUUCAAUUCGAACCACCUACUUCGAGUGCCAAUGAUUGUUCUCCUGUCAUACAUCACUUGCAUGACAACUCUCAAACCACUCUACCACGAAGUCAAACCUUUGUCCAAUCUCCAUUCAAAACUCCAAGUUAUUACAAAAAGAGACAAGCAUUAGCAGAAGAUCUUUCAUUGGCCUACGAAGAUACUUAUUCAAGAACAAAAAAGAAUCCAUCCUUCUUGACACCAUCCACCAUGAAAAAUCCAUUCACUUCUCCUCUCCAAUCGAAUCAUUGUACAACAACAACAACUGGAAACUCGAGUGUGAAACACAUUCAUGUCAUUCCAGAAAAGGCUUACAAGAUGAUGGUUGGUAAUACCCAACAACAAAUGAAGGACAAGUUUAAUCAAGUUGGUCAACAAUCAACAACAGCAAAAGAACAACAAUCGAAAAAGAAAUCUUUGAUUCGUUCGAUGAAGGAUUAUAGAAAGACAAAACUUGAGAGUUUGAAAAACAAGUUGAGGGAACAACGAACUUUUUUCACAACUUCUAAUCAUCAAGCUACUAAUAGUGGUAAUGAUGCACAUAGAGAAGGCUAUUCUUCUGAGAAUUCCCAUAAUUGUACAAAUAUGGAAAGUAUGCCAACAAGAGCACAACAAGCAAGUUCUUCCUUUUCAAGUACUGGAAGUGAUAAAAAGAAAUCUCCAGCACGUAAGAGAAAAUACGACGAAACUGAUGAAAAUCUUCAAGGUGGUUCCACAAUGGUUCGUUCUUUGGGAGUUGUUUUAACACAAAAUCAAAAUCUUUCACACGAUUCGAAUCUUGUGACUCUUCACAAAACAAUCAUUGACAAUAACGCACUCGACUCCAUGAUGGCACAAUCUUCCGUGAUGAAUUCCAUGCAAGAGGAUAAUGACGACAAUGACGAUCAUGGAAUGAAUCACGUCGAAAGUAGUGAUGAAGAAGAUGAAGAAAUCAAAGAAGAAGAAAUUCACAAAACUGUGGAAUCUCCAACAAAAAAGUUGAAAUCAGAACAAGGAAGGCCAUUAUGGAGUCGUUUGAAGAAAGCUCUCACUAGAAAAUCCAAUGCUUUGAAUGAAAGUUCAAAUGAAAAUUCGAAAUCGAUUUCUGGAUCUCAGUUGAAGAGAAAACUUUCAAAGAAGAGUUUAAUGUUGGUUAAACAACAGCAAAUGAUGAAUGAUGGUGGUGCUUCAUUGAUGGUUGUUACGUCGAACAGUGCUUCGAAUUUGAUUUCCUUUACUAAUUGUGAUACGGAGCAGCCUGUGACACAUCAGUCAACUGUCAAUGUGUCUAAUCAAGGUCCAUUGAAGAAACAAAAGAGUUUUGGAGAGCAUUAUUUUACCUCACUCGUUAAUGGUUUUCGUCACAAAGAAAAUCACUCUUCUGAAAUGUCAAAUUCUUCCACUUGUUCAGAUGAGGACAUGAAAUUGAAGAAUCGACAUUUUCAAAUUCAAGACAAUCUUCAAGAUAAGUUCAUGAACGACAUGAAAGAAACAUUUUCUGCUGGCACGAGUGGUGAAUCAAAAGACAGAUCCAUGUCAACUGUCAAUACUCCAUUUAAAGUUCCUUCCCUUAAUUUGAAAGGAGUUCCACCUCUCUCCCUUAAUGAGUUGAAUCACCAAACCAACCAAUACACUCCACGUGAACAAGUUGUUUCUUCCUCAUCCGUAUUAUUGGGAGAAUCAGAAGAAGAGAUUCAUUCUCAAGAAGAACCAUUUUCUUAUAAUUUUAUUGAAACCAUUCGUUCACCACAUCAUCGAGAGUAUUUUAUCAAACAUUGUGAAAAAGAAUACAACUCGGAGAAUAUUGAAUUUUGGUGUGAGGUGAGGCUCAAGUAUGAAUUUUUGAGAAAUAGAGCUCAACGAUAUGAACAUGCCAUUAAGCUCUUGAAUGGUUAUGUGGAAUUGACAUCUGACAAGGCCAUCAAUAUCGACAAAAAGUCCAUUCUUCAAGUGAAAACACGAAUCAAAGAUGAAAAUGAUGAACUCGUCGAUCUAUUCGAAUCCAUCACCAAACAUAUUGAAACAGUCAUGCAAGAUGCCUUCAAACGAUUCCAACUUUCACCUCUCUAUCAAGAAAUGAUUUCUCAUCACAAACAAUUACUUGAAAAGAAUUCAGCCAUUGUUCCAACCUCCACCGAUUUAGAUACACCUCGAGGAGCUCAUGCCAAUUUCAAAUCCAAAGUCAUGAACUUUUUAUCACCAAAAGGAAUUUUACAUCAUUGA